AUGCCGCUCAUCAACCCCCCCGGACCCGAUCUUGGACCCUCAGCAUUGAGCUAUGUGGAUGCGUACAACUCGAUCGUCUCGCGUGUGCGGAGAUCAGGCGGGUCUGGGUCGGGUGGCGUGGUGAUCUUUUGCGGUGCGGAUGUGGAUGGCCUGAUGGCUGCACGUAUCCUGGUGGCUCUGUUCAAGCAGGACGACAUCUCGUAUAGGCUUUUACCUAUAGGAAGCUACUCCGAGCUCGAGGUCAAGCGGGACCAAGCUUUCGAGAAUGACGAAAUACAUACCCUCAUCCUCCUCUCCCUCGGCUCUCUCCUUCCUCUCUCGCAAUACUUUACACUCCCCCGAAAGUGCCAUCUGCAUAUCAUCGACGCGCAUCGACCAUGGAAUUUGUCCAAUCUGUACGGCCUGGACCUGGACAUGGAUGACGAGGAUGAUGAGGAGACUGGCGGCGGUGGAAGGUUCUGGGUGUGGGGAGAUGGGGAGGAAGCGAGUCUGGAUAAGGUCAAGAAGAGUUGGGAGGCUUUGGAGUACGAGCCAUCAGACAGCGGGUCAGAUACGGAGGACGACGAAGAAGAAGAAGAAGAGGAAGACGAUGAGGAGGAGGAAGACCCAGAAGGAGACAACAGCGACGCCGAGGGCGACUCCAACGCCCCCGGUCCCAGCCGCAAACGCCCACGUACCAACUCGGCCCGACCCCCCAAAGCCAAAAAGCGCAAACCCAUCGACCCCGACGCGCCAGGACGCAGACUCACGCGCGCCGCCCGAGACGCACACCACGACCGUAUUCAACGGUACUACGAAGCCGGGACGUCGUGGGGCAUGUCGGUCGCCCAGUGUGUCUACCUCCUCGCUACCGUGCUCGAGCGCGCGGACAACGACCUCCUCUGGUUCGCCAUCCUCGGUACGACCCACCAGUACAUCUCCAACCGGAUCGCCAUGUCCCAGUAUGAGCGGUAUCACGAGUUAUUCCUCGAUGAGGUCGUACGUCUGAACCACGAGGUUACGCCGGUGGGCGUGGGCAUUGGACGGACGCCUAAUCCCGAUGAUCGGAGUAUACAGCGGAGCGAGGAGAUGCGGUUCACACUCUUCAGGCAUUGGACGCUGUAUGAGGCGAUGCUGCAUUCGAGCUAUGUCGCGGGGAGGUUGGGGAUAUGGAAGGAUAGGGGUAAGAAGAAGCUCCAGGGUUUACUGGCCAAGAUGGGUUUCUCCCUACAACAAUGCACCCAAGCCUACCCCCACAUGGACACACACCUAAAACGCAUCCUGCCCGAAAAGCUAGAAGCCGUCGCCCCAGACUACGGCCUCGUCGACCUGCAAUACCCCUCCUUCUCGCGCUCAUUCGGAUUUGCCCUAUCCAGCCUGUCUGCAGCGGACGCCGUCGAGGGUUUCUCGGCCUUACUGGAAGUUGCAAAGGGGCAGCGGAUGGAGAUUGAGCGUGAAGGGGGACGAAACGGCGGCGAGUGGUUUGGCGGCACGAGAGCGUGGAAUAUCGGUGGACGGGAAGCAGCGGGGGAGGAUAAGGAAAAUGUCAACCCGAAUGGCGGUGCCGGUGCCGGUGCGGGAGGGGCAGGAGCGGAUGGGAGGGGCAAGGAGACGCAAGAUGGAGCGAAGAAGGAGCAGAAUUGGCAAGUGACCAAUUUCUGGAUUGCUUGGGAUGCGUGCGAAGACGUCGCACUCAUGCGCAACUCCCUCCUUCUCGCCAAAUCCCUCCACUCGGCCAUCAUCCGGCAAGGUUCCUCCAUCCUCGACAAGUCCUCCAUCCGCGCCCUCCGCACAUUCCGCUUCUGCGCCCUCAAAGAAGGUCCGGACCUCCGCCUCUUUUCGCAUCCCGCGACCCUCUCGCGCUUGGCUCUUUGGUUAAUGGACGCGGCGCGGGAUAGGUGGGCUGCCAAAGCCGACAAGAAUAAGAAGGGGGAGAAGGACUUGCCGUUUGUCGUAGCUGCGCUGGAUGAGGAGAGGGGGACGUGGUUAGUUGUGGGUAUCACGGGUGGGAUGGAGUUUGGGAAUGUUAGGAAGAACAAGUUUGGUCUGGCGUUCCAGCAGGCGGCAGAGGAGAGUGGCGCAGGAGCAAAACACGACAUGUUUGAGACGUCGGUCGUAGAGGUGGCGAAGGAUGAUCUUACGGCGUUUGUCGAGUGCUUGCACUUGCGAUCAAUAUGA